UGCUUGUCUCGUUUCCCCUUUGGCCAUGUCUGCCACCAUAGAUGUUAGACUUCCCGCUCUGAUGAUCACCCAUAUUGUAAGGGAGCUAGAAAAUGUAAUGACUUUGGGCUCCCAAUACACCAGGGAUCACAUAGUGCCGACCAUCCGAAGUUGGGUAAUUAUGUUGCAUCAGUCUUUUGGCCUCAAUCAUCGGGAAGCGGAGCCAGUUCUGGAAAUGGAUCCUUUGGUGCCAGCCAUUCAAAACCUCGCUACCAUUAUGCACGAUUCCUACUCCGAACCGGACAUCAAUCAACCUGAAACGGCGACGGUUCUAGACGCGGAGUCCUUUCUGCUGCCCAUGCGCAGUGUCAUGACCAUCAUGAGCGACUUCUCUCCGGAAGUGCUCGGGGAGCAGGAGACAGUUGUCGAUGUCAAUGUGGUCGUUAGAAUUACCCAAUGCAUUUAUCGGUUGGCCCGAACCACAUAUGACAUAAUGUCUGUUCUGACUGAAUAACAGAGUAUCGGUUGCUUUCAAUGUCAUCGCUUUGUGGGUGAUUUGUUUUCGUGUACUCGGGGCGAUGAUCUCCACCACAAAUAUGAUUCACAGGAUCAUUGGAGUGGUGGGUGCACUGGCCCUG